ACGCGUGACUUUUCCUCGCUCCUAGUCACGAGCAGCAGCUCAAAAGGAUGAUUCAGUCACUGACUGAGGCUCGCUGUCCCGGAUCUCUCCAUGCAACUUGGGCAAAAGAGAGAACGAAUCUCGGAUGAUUUCCUGACUCUUUGUGUGCAGGUCCAUUCACAAAGCCUCCAACAAAUCCCUUGAUGAAUCCUUACCGCCAGCCUCCGGCCCUGCUCUCGUUAUGAGUACCAGCCUCGAGGCCAAGAUCGUCGUCCUCGGUGCUCAAGGCGUUGGAAAGACCUCCCUCGUUCAACGUUAUGUCAAGAAUUCCUUCAGUCCCACCACCACCGCGUCCACGGUAGGUGCGUCGUUUGUCACUAAACGUGUCCUCGAUUCUACUUCCGACACCAUUGUGAGACUACAAAUCUGGGAUACUGCAGGCCAGGAGCGUUUCCGCAGCAUAUCCCGGCUAUACUAUCGUGGGGCCAAUGCCGGCCUCCUUUGCUAUGAUAUUACGGAUGAGAACAGUUUCCAGGAGAUGACAGGUUGGCUAGGCGAGCUCAAAGAGAAUCUGGGAGAGGAUAAUCCGAUCAUCAUCCAUGUCGUGGGCACUAAAUCUGACAUUGUAGCCGAUGAUCCGAGUAAACGAAAAGUCCCCUUUGAGAAGACCAUAGCAUAUGUGGCCGAACAGCUCUACCCAUCACAAGCGUCCACUCCUCCGCCCAGCUCCGGAAUGGGGAUGCUAGGUGCCUCGGCCGCUACGGCGUCCAACACCCAUGGCCCGGAAAGCAAACGCAGCAGCGGGUUCUGGGGCCAGGAUAUCGGCUGGGAUUGCUGCCACGAGAUAAGUGCCAAAGAUGGAGAGGGUAUUGAGGAGGUGUUUCGAGUCAUUACCCGGAAACUUGUCGAGCAGAGAAACAAGAAAGUUGAAGCGGAGACAACACAGCGAAGAAACGUUCGCGGGCGCGAGAGGCCCUCGACAUCCGGUGAUGGCAUCGCGGCCGAUGGCAACGCAGACAAACGACGGAGCUGGUUGGGUUUCCCGCCGACUCUAGUCUUACAUGAUGAACGCACGGAUGAUGAGCCUGAUGGAUUUCCAAAGCGAAAGCAAGGAAAAUGCUGCUGAUUCCUCACUUUAAAGCAUCUUAUCCCUACCCCUUUCAUACGGUUUUACUGGCGUUUGUGGCAUCGAUAGAGUGGAUAUGGCGCAGUUUGAUCUUGGGAUAUGUCUAUUACGGCCAGGAUCCAUCCAGGGGUUCCUACACCUCGCACUGUUUUGCUUAAAUUUUUCUUUUUUUUCUUUUUUUUCUAUUUUUUUCUAUUUUUUUCUAUUUUUUUCUUUUUUCCUUUUUUUUUUUUUUGGGGGGGGUUCUCACGCCCCUCCACCUGAUUGAUGGCACACUUAGUGGCGCUACCCGGCAUCUUUCCAUUCCUUAUUUUGCUAGUGAUUGUGUAGCUGGCCUGUUUGGUUUCUUCAGUCUCUUUCGUGAACUGUAUUAGACCCUGUUGUAUAACUUUUAACUAAGUAAUGAUGUG